GUCUUCGACAUGUGGCUGAACAAGUGGGUCCUUUAUGGUUUCGUGCUCGCCUGGGCACAUGCCGACCAAGACGUCCAAUUGGAGAUCCCUCAGGGUAUGCUGAAGGGACUGAAAACGGAGACUGUCCUCCACAAUAAAGCAUACUACAGUUUCAAGGGUAUACCUUACGCGGCACCAAAUGUUGGACCUAAUAAGUUUCGAAUGCCAGAGCCAGCAGACUCGUGGGAGGGAGUGUACGACGCAUCCAAACAGCGUUCCACGUGUCCCUUCUUUUGCAUAUUCAAAAACGGGCUUGUCGGCGAUGAGGAUUGCCUCUAUCUGAACGUGUACACCCCAGCGCUGGACAAGGAAGCUCGUAAAGCAGUUAUGGUAUGGUUUCAUCCUGAUGGCUGGGACUCUGGCUUGGGCGACGACAUGCUCUUUGGGCCGGACUUCUUGCUCGAGAACGACGUGGUGCUCGUCACCGUUAAUUUCAGGCUUGGAGUGCUAGGAUUCCUGAACACUGGAGACAAACACGCUCCUGGGAACGCUGGCAUGAAAGACCAGGUUAUGGCGUUGAAGUGGGUGAAGGAUAACAUACACUUCUUCGGGGGCUGUCCAAAUAGAGUCACUAUCUUUGGUCAGAGCUUUGGGGGAGCUUCUGUUCAGUAUCACAUGUUGUCUCCCAUGUCAGAAGGCUUAUUCAACGGCGUUAUCGAGCAAAGUGGAAGCGUGGUUAAUCCUUGGAGUAUAGCGUACAAUCCAAGAGAACAGGCCUUUAUGUUAGGCGAGGCUCUAGGAAUACAGACUACAGACACCGCAGAAUUGGUGCAGAAAUUGACAGAAAUUCACGUUAAAGACAUCUACGAAGCGUCGAACGAGAUCAUGAAGAAUCAGAACAUACUGAAUGGAUUCAUGCACGCUUUCGUUCCAUCGGUGGAGGUCGAUUUGGGCCAGGAUAUAUUUCUGUCGACCGAUCCAUGGACCCUUCUGAAGUCUGGAAAAAUCGCUGACGUGCCAGUGAUGGCUGGAACCGUUGCUGACGAGUCUAAAUUCUUUGCACAACUGAUGUUGGACAGCAUAGAAACGUUGAACACAGAGCCAGAGCUAUUCCUGCCAAACGAUCUGAAUUACACCGAUUCAAACAUAAGAAGAGCAUCCGGCGAAUGUUUGAGAAGAUUCUAUUACGGAGACAAGCACGUGUCGAAGGAUAAUAUAAACGAAUACAGCAAGAUGUUAAGCGAUGUUUUCUACAAUGGGGGACAAUUACUAUCGUUGGACAUCUUGGCGACUCGAAACACAGCGCCGAUUUACGAAUAUCUGUUCACCUACGAGGCCCCUCUUGGAUAUAUGAGAAAUAUUUUUGGCAUGAACGAUGGAACGGCGGGGGUUGCGCACGGCGAUGAACUGAAUUAUUUGUUUUACUCAACCGCCUUUAAAAAUCUGCCUGAACCGGACUCCUCUGUGGAGAAGAUGACGAACAUUAUGACUAAAUUGUGGACUAAUUUUGCUAAAGACAGAAACCCAACUUCGAAAAUGGACGACGAUAUUACAGUGAAUUGGGAACCAAGAGGAAACGACGAUAGUUACCUCAACAUCAACCAAGAAUUAAAAAUGGAGAAUAAUCUCAUGCAAGAUAGGCAUAAUUACUGGAAAAGGAAGUAUAAAAAUAUACUUCCAGAAAAUGUGUGAUAUAAUUUACCAAAUAAGGUAGGUAUAACCAAAAAGCAGAUAUGAUACUUAUAUUCAUACCAAAACAUUGUAG